GAGAAAUAAGAAAGGUAGGAGAACAAUAAAGUGUCACCCCACUGAUUCUCUGUAUCUUUGCACACGUACACACCUGAAUAAUUGACAAGUUUCUUCAACACUCGGUUCAUUCGAAAUGCCACAGUUCAGUGCGUGUAUCUACAACCUCACAUAGUAAUAGAGGAAUUCAAGAACAUUCAGUUACAAAUAGUAAAAAUUGUUUUUUCAAUAAACGAAUAGUAUUUAUUAUUCGCGAUUGAGUGAUUGUAUCGUUGAUCUGUUUAUUGUUGAAUAAUUUUAUCUGACAAAAUUAUUAUACCUAAAAGUUGAUGUAAACGUUGAAAAAUCCAUAAUCCGGCAUUAGGCAGUAAUGUUACAACAGCCCAAGGGUAGUUAAGUUUUAUCAUAUUAAUAAAAAAAAUCAUUAAUUCAGAAAAGUUUGUGAAUAAACUAAGACUUUACUCGUACUAUCAUAAUUUAGCAGCCACAGAAUAUCAUCAUUAAUCAAAAUAUCUAGUCGCAACAAAUCAUACAUUUUUUUGUGCUAUCUUUUGAUAUCCUCUGGAAUAAUUUUCAACACUUAAGAUGCAGAUACUUCUUUUCAGGCCAUAUCUACUCUGGCGAUGAAAAUAGAGACCACGGUGGAUUUGACAUAGGCAGAUCUGCUCUACGACAGUGAUCACUCGCAAUAUGGACGAGGGUCCUGUGCCGUAGUGAUUCUGCCAUGUUAUUAACGCAGUCAUCUGGAAAUAAUUUGUCAAAUAUGUUGUCAGCUGUAGAGGAGGAAGCAAAUACUGACAUCGACGAUGUAUUUCCACCGCAUGUCGAUAUAUCUAAUAUUGUUAUCAACCAAGAAUCACCAACGAGUAAAAAGCAAACUCUGAAAACAUUCAAUGAAAUAAACACAUUACUACAGGCAGGAAGAAAGCGAGAAGUCAAAUUGAUUCUUCGAGAAAAUGCUUGGCCUCUUAAUAAUGGAAUUAGAGCACAGUUAUGGCCAGCCCUUUGUCAACAACAUGCUCAUGGUAAAAGCAUUUUCACCAAAGCUGAAGAUGGAUUCUACUGGGGUAUGGUGACAACUGUUUUUGGUACAGUAGAGUUGCCAGAAAAGUCAAUAAUGCUACCACCGUUUGUUGAUAAUACUCAUUGCCUCUCAUACCACUUGACACGGAAGGGUAGAAGUGUAGCUGACAGAGUGGUUUCGGUAUUAGGCUAUGCCUGUCCUGACAUAACUUAUAGUCCAACGCUUUAUCCAAUCACCGCGCUUUUACUCCACUUUAUGACAGAGGAAGAAUGCUAUCAUUGCAUGGCGAGUCUUGUUGCAGCAAAAGAAAAAAUGUUCAUUACUCAAACAAAACUUUUAUAUGAAGUAACGUGGAAAACUGUUGAGCAAAUAACAAAAAAACAUGUGAAAUCAGCUGCAGUGCAUUUAGCGAGGCAUUGCUCUGGUUCACGAGCGGAGAGAAUUUAUAUGGAUUGGAUUUGGUGGAUUCUUCAACUAUUACCAUUCCAACAUCUAGUCAGAGUAAUGGAUUGUUUUUUACAUGAAGGUUCAAAGGUUUUAUAUCGAGUAGCUAUGGCAAUUGUAUUAUUAUUUUACAAACAUUCAUCAUCACAAACGUCAGACUGGAUGAACGAAAUAACGAAAAAUGGGGUUGAUCCUGCGCUUACCAAAUUUUGCCGUCAAAUACCGGUAAGCCCAGCGAAAAUGUUAAGGACUGCAUUUGGUAUUCGAGGACUGAGUUCUGCUUACAUAUCACGGGUAUUUUUACGUACUGAAAUGGCAUUAAAAAGUAGAAGUGUACUCUCAGGCUCAAGAUCUCUUGCAAGGUCACGAUCAACGGACAAUUUGCCUACAAGUCAAUCGCAAGUUAACAUUCAAAUGAUGUCACACACUUUAACAAUUCGUGAGAAAGAGUGCGAAGACACAUACAAAGACAGGGGUGCUCAUAGUCCUGGACCGCGUGCUCUGUCGAUGGGAGUAUAUCCUAUACAGACGAUUAACUCCCAGAUCUUAGAUGUGCCUGAUCUUUUCACACUUUGGUCAUGGCUUCCUGUGAGAAUAACAAUGUAUCAGCCUAUUUUAUUGUACACCACUGAAGAACACGGAUGUUCACUAACAACAUUUUAUGUUCGAGUAGAACAACAUGAGCCUACAUUGCUAAUGAUUAAAACCUGUAACAAUGAGGUUUUUGGUGCUUAUUGUUCAACAAGAUGGUGUGAACGUAAUUUAAAGGACGACAAGGGACAGCGACAAGCUUAUUUUGGAACGGGAGAAACAUUUUUAUUUAGUUUAUAUCCUGAACGAGCAAAAUAUCCAUGGGUGGGUAUGGAUUCAUCACACAACGACAAUAAAGUGCACCAUUCGGCUGAAUUAUUUAUGGCUGCUGAUGCAAAAAUGAUAACCAUCGGUGGAGGGGAUGGUCAAGCUAUUUGGAUGGACGAAAAUAUUAGAUUCGGAAAAACUGAUCAUUGUUCAACAUUCAAUAAUCCACCACUGUGUGCUAGUGGUGACUUUGAAAUUCGAGUUUUAGAAGUAUAUGGUUUUGCUGGGGCCUAAAUGGAUUUGUGUCCCAUAAAUGAAAUAAUCAAUUAACUACUGCCAUUUAGCAACUCUCUAUGAAUAUAUACAUUACUAUAUAAAUUGCUACUGAUCUUUAAUUUCGCUGUAUAAGUGAACAUUUGUGUAUCUAUAACCGCUUAAAAAAUCAUAGUAUUAUUAGGCUUGAACAUGUCAACAAUAAUUUUUAUGCAGAUAACUAAAUCGACAAUGAUAAAUGCUAAAAAAAAUGUUCAAGAAAUUUAUCUAAUUAAUUUAUGAUUGAUUUACACUUCAGUUAAAUUUUUUAGAAUAUAUGUACAUAUAUAAAUAUAUAUUAAUAUUAUUAGUCACUAUUACAGGAUAAUAUUAUUCGAUAUAAUUUCGUUGUUAUAUAUAUGUAAACUGUUAUAUUAAUAAUCAAAGUAGUUAAGUCAAGUCAGUCUGAGGGGAACAAUUCAAAAUCAGACGUUGAAUUGUAUUUAUUGAUGAAAAUAGAGUAAUGAGUGAGAUGAUUAUCUAUUAUAAAUAUUAUUAUAAUAAUUAUUAAUAUUAUAAUUAUAAUUAUUAUAUUUGAAAAAGCAAAAAACAAAUAAUAUUUAUAUUACUUGUGUAUAGGUUUUAUUACUAAUUCAAAUGACUGUGCCUAGUCGUCAAUAUAUUUUCUGUCUCAUUACGUAUGCAUUGCAUGACUUUUUUAAAAUUAAACAUAUGCUAUGGAUUAGUUAAAUUUAUAAAAUUCAAAAAUUACAUAAAACUACAUAGUUUUGUGACUCCAAUAAUUAUUUUGUAAUACAUAUUUUCGUUAAUAAUAUGUCGAGCCUCAAAUUCAUAGUUUAAUGAAACAAAUAUUUUGACAAUAAUGAAAAUAACAUUUAUUAGUAGCUUAAGUAUUAGAAAGUUUAUCGCGGUGUUCGACAUACCGUAUUUUAUUCAAAGUUUUGAAUUUUAUUCUCAAUACUCAUUGGACCUGAACUAGUUCAUAUUUGUAUAUAAUUUUUUUUUUGUCUUCAUGUAUAAUAAUAUUAUUUACAGCUAUCACUGGUGUUUGUAUAAAUGUAUUAUUUUAUAUAAUGUUUAUCUCGACAAAUUAUUAUAUUAUCUACCUGCAACUCGUUCUUUAUCAUUUUCAACAGUUAUAGAUUAUAUUAAACUCAUUUAUACAUUAACUAUUUGGAUAUAAAAGAGAUAGACGAAAUACAGUUGAUAAAAACAAGAUAGAUUUAUAAUCGAUUGUACUAGGGUUUAAAAUUUUUUUAUCUAAUGACAGGAUUAUGAGAGAUAACUGCAAUCUAUUAUAAAUUCUUAUGUUAUAUGUUAUUUGUAUAUAUUUCUAAACUGUCUUCAUGCUUUAAUGCAAUUUGUAUUUCAGCCUUAUGAAAAAGACCUAAUUAGUUAAAAAUGUCUGCAUUAAUGCGCUUCUUUCUUUUAAAGAGACAUAAAUGAUAAUAAUAUUAAUAAUAGUAAAAUCAUCAUUAUCAUUAGCUCCA